AACAGAUCCUGCAGAAAAACUGGUCGGAACUAAAGUCGCACGUUGAAAAUCGUCACGGGGAUGUUUUCACCAUCACACCAAACGUCAUUGAUUUCAUAUAUCAUAUCGACUAGCCGUGCUUGGAGAGUUGCAAUGGAAGGGGCAGAGGCCACGGGCGUAGACCUCAGCAGGAAGUUUGUGUCGGAAACUGAGCUUGAUGAGAAGAGGAAGAAGAGACAGGAGGAAUGGGAGAAAGUCAGGAAACCGGAUGAGCCAGAGGAGGCCCCAGAGGAGAAGUAUGACCCACGUUCCCUCUUUGAGCGAUUGCAGGAGCAGAAGGACAAGAAACAAGAGGAUUUUGAGGAGCAAUUCAAAUUCAGGAACAUGGUGAGAGGAUUGGAUGAGGAUGAGAGCAGCUUCCUGGACGAGGUCUCCCGGCAACAGUGCCUGGUGGAGAAGCAACGCAGGGAUGAGGAGAAACAGGAACUGUUGGAAUACAGAAGCGCUCUAGUGAAGCAUGCGUCCACCGAAAGCCGGAGAGAGCCUGAAAAGAAGGUGGCAUCUAAAAAUUCGGGGGCGGAGCAAAGGACCAGCCACCUGUCUCAGGCCCAUUUAUUGGCUGGAGCUGUCAAGAGACGCAGUUCAUCGCAGUCGUCAGACAGCAGUAAGAAACAGAAGGUGGAAAUCACAAAAACGGCAACAACGGGAAAUGGAGACAGACAGACAGAACAGGAGGAUGGAGCAGGAGGAGGAUCAGGGCGAGCUGAAGAUCAACAAACGGUCCCCGUCCUGACGGCAAAGACCCCUUCGGCUUCCCUGAGCUCCGAUCAAGGCGUGUUGCACCUGCCGUCAGCGGCCGUGUGCGUCGGCGUUUUACCAGGACUCUGGGUUUACUCCGGCAGCAGCGACUCUGACAGCAGCUCGGACAGCGAAGUUUAAGCCGAGCAACCAAUCCCGCACUGCCUACCCCGACGACAUCUUGCCCCCCCCCCCCCCUACACCCAACCCUACUCCCAACCCAAGCCACAGCGACUGCAAGCUGUGUUGUUGGCUGAGGGAACAGUGAUUGACAGCUGUGGAGCAAGGAGGAGACUGCUUUAGACUGUGUCAAGUGACUCGCACCUUUUUUUUUAGCUAUCAGCAGCAGAGGAGAGAGAGAUAGAGAGCCGUGGCAGGACACGCUUCACUCUCUGUGUGGGUUUAAAUGCAAAGUCUGAAAGGUUUCAAGAAUAAUGUUUUUGUUUGUCAUGUGUCAUGAUGUCAUGUGUUUUCUCAUCAGUAGUUUGUUUUAAAGUGGCAUUGUGUUGGAAAAAUGCUGGACUGUUUGCUGCUGUCUCAGAGAUUAGUUUUGUUUCUCAAAGUCUGAGCAGAGAGAAAUAAAGAGCUUCCCCACUGUG